UUAAGGUUGUCCUGUGCAUACAUUAAUGCCUGGCUUUUCUACCCAGAACUUUCCCCAUCCUCACAUUAGAGGAGAGAUCUGAAGGAAAAAAGAGGACUAAACAUCACACCAGACCUUCAACAUCUUACCUUGAAUUAUCCGUGAGCCUCAGCAUCCUCUGUGCAGACAAGAUAACACCAGAGCUGAAUCUUUGUGUGGUUCUACCUGCAACCAUUUCACCUCCACAAGCCAUGUACAGUUCCAGCUACUCCCGGGCCAAGUUUGGCCUGGAGGCGAGGGAGCCCCUGCACAAACCCAAAGGGAAGAGCUGCGGCUACUACUUGAGGAUCAUCUUCUUCUUCUCUUCCCUGAUUCAGUCGCUCAUUAUUGUCAGCCUGGUGCUUUUCCUCGUCUAUGGACAGCCAGAAAAAUCUGCAGAAGAGAUGAGGGUCAAGGAGCUGGAGCUGGGCUUCAACAGGCUGAGCGAGAACAACAUACAGCUGAGGAAGGAGAAAGCCGAGCUGGGGGCGCAGCUGGGGGCUCGCACGGCUGAAAAAGUUUCUCUGGAGAAAGAGAUGACAAAGCUGAAGAAUGAGUCCGGCAACACAGAGCAGGAGCUUAGAAAAAAGUUGACCAGUUGUGAGAAAAGUUUCUCAGCCCUCCUUACACGGCGUCCGAACCCUCCGAUCCCCUCCCUUCCUAUUGUCCCCACAAACACAGGUGAAAUCAAGUCUCUGCAGACCCUCAACACUAAUCUUAAAGCUAUGAUAGAUCUGAUCAAUUCAAAUUUCACCCAGACGGUUCAGUAUCUGAACCUCGAGAGAGACAACGCCCUCAAAGACAGAGACCUAUAUCUUGGGGACAACAUCAAGCUGCGUAGAGAUAACGCCCUUCUAAAUAACCAGCUCGAGAACUACAAAAGGAAGUGCAAAGAGGAUUUCGAACAGUCUCUGAACGGGAUCCAGAUGGUGACCAAGAAUUUCCUUGACCGGAUCAACAGCCUGUUUCCCCACCAGAUGACCUUCCACCUCACCUGUAAAAGCCAAAGGGAGGAAAUGGAGGAGAUAAGAAACAACUGUUCAAACCUGUCCAGAGACGUGGAGCACAGAUUCCAGCAGUAUCUGAACAAUGUGGGCAGCCAGGUGGCAGAGAUUCAAUCCCUCUCCAGUCGACUGGAGGUUCUGAACACACGUUUGACCAGUGAGCUGCAGCAGUGUGAAAGAAAUCACAACGAGAUGGUUACAAAGACCACCAACGACUUGAAGCUCAAGCAAAAAAAUCAUGAUGAUCAGAUGGAACGAUUGCUGAUUGAGCAGAACCGACUGAGAGAGCAGAAACAACUGCUAGAGGAGCGGCUGAGCCUAAAAGAGAAAGAGCUUCAGGCUGUGCAGGCAAUGCAGCCAAGCAAUCAAAAGCCUCCUCUGUCCAAAGGUGUGUCCGUGCCUCCAGGUCCACCCCAGGGCAGAUAAGACUGCAGCUGACUGACCUCAAAACGGAAGCGUGGCAUCUGCGAAAUGUAAACGAGGACUGAAAUAAACUCUCCACCCUGCGUCCUCCGUACCCGUCUGCCCUGAUGUACCAAAGUCUGACCAAACCACAUCCCCGACACUGUGAUCCCCCUUUUUGUACAUAUUUGCAAUGACAGACAUCAGCACAUCCUGUAAAUACUUUGUGACCACAUUAUUGAUACAAUCUGGUUGUUCAUUAGCUUUUUUUUUUCACUUACAGUCCAAAUGUUUUGCACUCAAAUCAGCUGUGAAAGGCUUCUGUAUCUUUCUGCCCUGAUGAAUGUAACAAUUUCAGGGAGGAUGGUGUACAUAUUUUCUCUUGCGUGUUCCUAAUUGCGUUUGAGCAGUGAGAAACACCAGCUCUGAAGCGAACUAAUGAAGGGCUCAUUGUUAAAGUGCCGUCGGCUUGCAGUAAAAUCGUACCAAAGACUCAGGCUGCAGCUGCCAUGCUCGUACAAUAGCCCCAAGUUUCCUGGUGAUUCCUAAUGACUGACAAUAUGCACAUCCAUUAACACGUGAACGCCAUCAAUCAUGCAGUUAUUAGCUGCACACCGUCCCCUGGGUCACGAAUAAAAAGGAAGAACUGGGACAUAAUUAAGGCCGAAAACCCUAGUUUUUAUGAUGAGCGACUGUUAACUGCGGCUUGCUUUUAUGGCAUAUUUUACAACCAUAGUAACUAUUAUAUGGACUGUCAAAUUUUACUACUUCCCUUUCCCUACAGAAGCAGAGGUCAGAGUGCACUUGUACUUAUGGAGCUGGAAACAGCUGUUGUUCUUUUUUAUGAUUAUUAUGGGGCCAGUUUGGUACAGAAGUAGAUACUCAAAAACUUUGAAACUAUUUUUUUUUUCAUUUGAAGGAUGGGAUGUUUACUUAGCCUGUUUCAGACAUUAGUUGGAAUGCUGAAAUAGUUAAACAUCUAAUGGAAAGAUUUUGUCCUAAUUCUACCUGCCUGUGUAAAUACUGUGAACUUAAUAAAGAGCACUGUUGUAAGUCAUUAACGUGUCAUACAGCAUUUUCAAUAUCA